CAGUAAAUUUGGUAUUCCGCUUUCUGACAACGAUGAUUGUAACGUUACAUUUUUCUUCUGAAAGUCUUGAGCGUCAGUAACGUUACUAUUCAUAAUUGACAAAUAUCUGCAGGACAACAUAUUGUGAGCAACACAAGUUACCUUACGCCAAAGAACUUGACGCCUUCGUGCGUUUUGGAUUUUUAACAAAAGAUGGGGCGGGGUUAAGAGGGGUUAAAACAUUUGAUUGGCUAGAACUGGCAGCAGACAGGAGGAAAACACAGCGAUGCGGCAUCUGAUUGGAUGACGGGUUUGUAUCAAAGUGAAAAUAUGCGCCUCGGGCUCUUCUGUUGCUAGGGCGUCAAUGGCGGAACUCCGCAGCAGAAGUUAAUAUGACACAAGACAGAAUCGCAUAAGAGGCCAACAAGGAUGUCAAUAGAGGCAGAGGCGUUGCUGCAGGAGGCGAAGGAGAGCAUCGAGGCAGCCCAGAACUACAGAAGCGAACUACAGCAGAGACUGCAUGGACUCAGCCAGGCACGCAAACAGGUGCGAGGCAGUGCCAGUCAGACACGUGAUGCUCUGCAGAGGCACUUCCAGGAGCUGCAGGUGGCGGUGAGUCGACUGCUGACCGAGAGACUGAACGCUCUGUUGCAGGAAGUCGACAACAUCGAGCUGGACAGUGUCAGUCCCUUAGAUGACUGUCAGAAGCUCAUUGAGAGUGGAGUCAGCACAGCUGAUGAGCUGCUCCGAGAGGGGGAGGCUGCCAUCCGCUGUGGUGUAAGUGAGAAGGAGGACAAGCUGGGCAGUUUCACUAAGAAAGCUCUGCAGAUCCAGUUAGACAGUCUGCCCGAGGUACCUGUGCUGGUGGACGUGCCGUGUCUGUCUGCGCAGCUGGACGACUCUCUCCUGCACAUGUUCCGUUCGCACGUGGCUCGGCACGGCAGCGUGGCGUCUCAUCCGCCCGUCCAGAUUGAGGAGCUGGUGGAGAGACCAGGCGGUGUGCUGGUGCGCUGGUGUAAGGUGGACGAUGACUUUACCCCUCAGGACUACCGGUUGCAGUACCGUCGCGGUAACUCUUCUCAGUACGAGGAUGCGUACAUCGGGAAAGACAAUGAGUUCCUGGUGCUCCACCUCGACCCGCACAUCGACCACCUGUUCCGCGUGUGCGCCAGAGGAGAGGGCCGAACCGAAUGGAGCCCGUGGAGCAUCCCGCAGACCGGCUACACCACACUCGCACCCCACGAAUGGCUUCCUGGCGUGGAUGGUUACAUUUUGAGCAGUAGGAAGAACAUCGCCAUGCGCAGUGAUUCAUCAGCUGGUCAUGGAGGCGUGCUGUACUCCAACUCUUCCACAUACUUCUGUGGCCAGACCCUCACCUUCAAGAUCACAGCUGCUGGACAGACAGAUAAGCGUGACAGUUUAGGUGUGUGUGCGGACAGCAGAUCUGACACAGGCUCACUGCAGAGGGAUCAGGCUGUCUGCAUCUCCACUAACGGUGCUGUGUUUGUGAACGGAAAGGAGAUGACCAACCAGCUGCCAGCCAUCACUGUUGGCUCAUCUGUGACCUUUGACAUGGAAAUGGUAAACCUCUUUCCUGUAAGCAACAACAACAACCCUAGCGAUGGGGGAAACUUCAAGCUGAGGGUGACGAUUGGUUCAGGGAACAGAGAAGUGGUGUUUGAUUGGCUGCUGGAUCAGGUGGUGGACAGCCUUUUCUUUGGCUGCUCCUUCACACACCCUGGAUGGAAAGUGCUGGUGUUUUGAUUGUCACAUGAUGAAAUAUCCAGUCUGCUGGAAUUCAAGACCUCAAGUUCCUUUAAUUUGAUCAACCUUUCCAAGUGCUUACAGUUUUUGCCAUUUUUUCUUAAUAUUAUCAGUAACAGAUAUCACUGCAGAAUAACAUUAAACUUACUGUUUUAAGGUAUGACGCCAACCACUACUCUUUGACCUCAUUGCAGGUGGACAGGUGUUGAGUUAUUUGCAUAACAGAACAUGUUUGCAAAAGUUUUUUGUUAAGUUGCAAAGCAUGUUGGUCUGGUUUACCACAGAAAAAUAUAGUGAAGCAUUCAGAGAUCAAAGGCACUCAAAACUGCUCAGAAAACGUGCAAAAUAAAAGUUCUUCACGACGACCUACAAAGUUAAAUCUUUAAUGCUCCGACAAUCUUUCUGCAUGUGUUUUCUCGAGUCAGAAGUGGAGAAUGUGUCUGUGGAAGAAUUGUUGCCUGUUUAAACAUAGCUGGAUGUUGGUUUAUGUAGAACACAGUAACAUUUAGAGAUGGCGUACCUAACAACUAGUAUUUUAUUCUUGUUUGCCUGGUACUCAGUAUUCACAUUUAGAAAGUACUGUUUUUAAAACCACAGGGUAGACUGCUUCAUCAGUAGAUACCAAUGCAAUGUUUCCACAGAAAAGUGAUCGUUCGCACUAAGCUUAAGUGUUGUGCCAUUUUAUGAUGAACUGGGUUUUUUUUUUAGGUUCUCAUUUUUAAUACAUACGUUUUGCUGUACCAUUUCGUGUUUUCAUUAGCUGGCUUACCUUACAUUAACUGUUAUUGAUGCAUUUGUUAGAGAGAAAAAAAGCGUAUUUCACACAAUAAACAUGUGGGGCCAAAACACCCAAUUCACUUGUUCCUGAGGUAGGAGAACAUCAUUUACAAGGUACUAUGUAAUUGCUCACUGCAGAAGGGAACAUUUGUAACCCAAUGAGGAUACACCCAUGAAAUAUCUGAUAUUAUAUUUAUAAAACUGUGACUAUUUCAUGUAUAUUUACCUCAUUUUGCCUGUGCCUUCUCAGUACAGAUCUAACAUUUGCAAUGAACAGUUUUCAAAAGACAAAUUCCUGUUUUUUUGUUUUUUUUUUGUAAAUGUUUACUAAAAUAAAACCAACAAAUAAAAGAAUGUGUGAACAUGA